GUGAAGUAUUCCGGAUAGUCGGAAACGACUAUUAAUUAUCUUACCGAAAUCAUCCACCAAAACCUCCUUCUCCCCUCUUUCUCUUAUUAAUUCUCCUCCUCCUCUUUUUCUCCAAUAAUAAUUAUCAGUAACGGGGAAGGAUGCCCUCGCUCGGCCGCAUCGCGCGGGGCGCGCUCCGCGAAUCCGGCCUGCUCUCCGUGGCGGGGGCGGGCGGAGACGCGUGCCUCAUCAUCACGGCCCGGUCCUGCCGCAUGUUCGCGUACGGGGCCAGCUCGCUCAUCCUGGCCCUCUUCUUCGCCGAGCUGGGCUUCUCCGACUCGCGCAUCGGCCUGUUCAUGACGCUGACGCUGGCGGGCGACGUGGUGCUCUCGCUGCUGCUCACCCUGGUCGCGGACCGCGUGGGCCGCCGCCGCACGCUGCUGGCCGGGUCCGCACUCAUGAUCGCCUCCGGGGCCGCCUUCGCCCUGUCCGAGAACUAUUGGGUCCUGCUGGCCGCCGCCGUCGUCGGCGUCAUCAGCGCCACCGGCAGCGACUUCGGGCCCUUCCGGGCCAUCGAGGAGUCCAUGGUCUCGGAGCUGACCACGCCGGCCACCCGGGCCGACGUGCUGGUCUGGUACGUCACGUUGGCGAGCCUGGGCAGCUCGGUGGGGACCGAGAUGUCCGGGAGGAUCAUCGAGCGGUUGCGGGCCCGGGACGGGUGGACCCUCGUGGACGCCUAUCACGGCUGCUUCUGGCUGUACGCCAUCAUGGGGCUGGUGAACAUGGCCUGCACGGCGAUGCUGUCGGCGCGGUGCGAGCUGAAGGUGCGAAAGGGGGCAGAACACCAGGACCAGGAGGAGGAAGGCAGCCCGACCGGGGAGUCGGAACCGCUGCUUGGCGACGGGGGUUCCCGGUCGGGUCGGCGGGAAACGGAGGGCCCUACUGCUGGUGAUGAAUGUGAUGAACCCAAGACGGGGGGGAAGAAGAAGGGGGGAGGGAGCUGGGUCGCCCAGAUCUCGCGCGAGACCCUGUCCAUCAUCUCGGUCCUCUGGUUCCUGCUCAUGGUCGACUCGCUCGCCGACGGCAUGGCCAACAUGUCGCUGACGAGCUACUACAUGGAUCGCAAGUUCCACCUGGCCAAGUCGGCGCUCGGCGACAUGCUCUCGGUCAGCUACUUCCUGUCCUCGCUCUCCAACAUCUUUUCCGGCCCCCUGGCGCGCUACAUCGGGCUGGUCAACACCAUGGUCUUCACCCACAUCCCCUCUUCGGCCGCCGUCUUGGUGUUCCCCCUCGCGCAGACCGCGCCGCUGGCCUUUGCGCUGUUGCUCGUGCGCCUCGGGCUCAACAACAUGGACCAGGGGCCCCGCGCGGCCCUCAUCGCGGCCGUGGUCAGGCCGGAGGAGCGCACGGCCGUCAUGGGCAUCACCGGCGUGGUGCGGACGCUCGCGUCGGCCACCGGGCCGAGCAUCACGGGCCUCCUGGCGAGCAGCGACCGGUUCUGGGUCGCCUUCGUGGUCGCCGGCGCGUUGCGCUUGGCCUACGACGUUGGCGUGUUCGCCAUGUUCAUCAACAUCAAGCUGUACAAGCACGAGACGACCGACGACGGCGCCGCCCAUGCUCGAGAGGAGAACCGGCGGCACGACACCGAUCCUCUGCGGGCGGAGCCGUAGAGUCCACCGAGCGAGAGCAAGAUCACGUUAUUGGCAUAUUAGGCGGAUGAUGCGUUGGUUGA